GACUAAUGUUUCUCUAUAGAGAUACUAGGACAUAUAUAUAAGUGAAAGGACAAGACAGCAAACAGUUAGCCCAGUUCACUUGAGAUCUGGGAAUACUUUAUUUCAAGUGUCACUGGCCAGCUAAGCAGCUGUUGGAACUGCUCACGACGAGCUCCGACUAACUAUAGUUCGGAUGUUAGUGACGACAACUAUGAUGAUCCUCCAGAGGCAGAGAUUGUACAUGACUGCAUGGUCCCAAUGAUGGAGUAUUUCGAUCGUAACGGAGGCUAUGAUCAGAUAACUACAUGGCUCGGAGACGCCUUGUAUCAGGCAAACUUUACACUUGUAGACGAACUUUGCGAGGUACUCGGUACAAUGGUGGAAAAAGUAGCGCUUGCCAUAGAUGACUGUAAUAAUGGAGAACUUGAGUCUUGGUGGUCAGACCAGCUCGACUGUGACACUAACCCGGGAUAUACUCUCUAUAAAAGGGUCUGCAAUGGCAAAGUCCUCAGUGAGAUGUGGGAAGGCCUGAGAGGCCACAACGUCUAUGAAGCGAUUCCUCACAACACCACGAUAAGACGUCUUUUCGACACCAAUACAUAUAUGGUCGCGUUUAUGCAGGCAGUGUAUUCAUACAACCCAGCUCUCGAUACCAGCGGCAUGAGCGAAAGAGAGUUAGAGAAUCGAAAGAUUGAUAAACAAUAUAUCUGCAGUUCAUAUAAAUCUGCUACUACGUCCAUCCGGAGACUAUUCGAGAAACACGCCGACGAUUUCCCAGUCGCCCCUAACAACGUGGCAAAGAAUGGCUAUAAAUGCGGGAUGUUGUUUGCUAUUCCCUACUGUGUUGAGGACCUGUGUGGAAUUACUGCUGAGACUUGUCUAACUGCUGGUGAACGUGUUGAGGUCACUCCUGAAGUAAAGAAAUCGACAUGUAGACGAACUGUUGGUAUGUUUGGACUUUCUCACAUCGAGAGGCAAGUACCAAGUGAGUCUGGAGACGGGACUUUUACCACUAAACGUGUCACGGCGUCAAUCAUGACAUCUGGCGUCGUAGACAUUUUGAAAAACGACUACAUGAGUCUGACUGCAACAUUUGAAGCUAUCCCGGGAUCUGCUAAACAAGCCACGAAGUUGAGGUCUGUUGAAUUUCAGCUGCUCGACCAUAGCACUGGUGAAGUUGCGCUGCAAUACACCAUGGACGCUGCUAAUUACAAAGAAACGUUUGACAAUGACGUAACACAACAGGGUGCAGCUGGAGAGGAGAUUAAAAUCUCAUCCACCAGCAAGAGACGCAGAAUUACACACGGGCCCACUGGAUCGUUCGUCCAGCUUUCCCGGUUUGUGGUGUCUGAUUCACUGACGCUUUACUUGCUGGUGAGUCGUCUACCAUGCGAAGUACUGGAAAUGUCCAGUGGUAUCCUUGCUCAAGGACUCACGUCAGACCAGUUAGUUGAACUUGACCCUGUUUCUGACUCUACUACAAGACGAAGACGUCAGACAAGCAGUACCCUGACUGAGGCCCAGAUAGAGGAGGCUUGUGGUAGUGAUGCAACGUGUCGCUACGACGUUUCACAGACAAACGAGUUGGGGGCAGCCGUUACGGUUCAGGAGUUCGACUCACAGUCUAAUGAAAUUGAGGCAGCUGAUGACACAUUCACAAAUGAAGAUGGAGGAAGUGGGGAUGGAGCAGGGCACAUUCUCCCAUCUGUGCUUGUCUUCAUCAGUCUCAUAAUAACUCACUUCAUAUAGGGUACUUUGUUUCGAAUGAUGGACACCAUCUACAAUGCCAACAGAGUAUUUGUCAUGUAAAGUCAAGAUCCUACCGCAAGGAUAAUACCGCUUGAACAUAUCACAACAUAUCACAGUGAUUUUGGGAUAAAUAAAUUUGAAGACAACCACCCCUUCAAUCUGCCUGAUAUGGAAAACAAAUAAAAAAUAGUCUGCUAUAAAUAGUCUUCUCAAAGCACUGGUACAUCUAUGAAUCACAUUUCAAGAACGUAGUUAGAACUUGUUGUGGGUAAAGGGGGUAUAGUUUAAGUUGUCUGUGUCUUUAAUCUUUAUUUUAUUUUUCUUACAUUUGUAUUUUUUGUAUUUUAAAUGAAUGUUCAUUAUCAUAAAUGGAAAGUAAAGAGAUG